AUGCUUGCAUCUACCCGCUCCUAUGAGGCAAGCACACAUACGAAAACCUUUGGCGCAAGUGCAACACCUACUUACUCAGGAAACGCCUAUUCGGAUUACGGUUUUAUUGCUGUACUCGGCCUGGCCCAGCGGCUGAAGAUUGACUUGUUGCCGAUCACGUGGCAGGCCUUACUAGGCCUCAUAGGGCAAAGCCGGGCCAGAAUUAACCAGGCGCUACUCAGCAUCCAGACCAGUUUUGCCUUCAAGCGCUUCGAUCACGAUAAGAAGAGCAACUUGUUUCAAGAGAUUGUUCAAGAAAUGGCAAUACUCGGCCACCCGCUAGUUCAAGGCCAUCCACAUAUUGUGAAUCUUAUCGGGAUCUGUUGGGACAUCUUAGAAAACAACGAAGAUACUCCAAAAGACGACUGGGACAUCUCAACAGGCAUUCAGGUUUGGCCAGUUUUAGUGUUUCAGAAAAGUCAUCUUGGUGAUCUUUAUUCUUUUGCGCAAUCUAGAAAGGGAAAGAGCUUAUCCCUAGAGAGUAAGCUCAAGAUCUGCGCAGAUGUAGGCAUCGCGAUUCGGGACAUGCACCUAAACAACAUUAUCCAUGGAGAUAUAAAGCCACAGAACGUGCUUAUGUUCAAAGAUGGGCCUGGCGCCUACACCGCCAAAGUCGCAGACUUCGGCUUCUCAACGCAUUUCCGUGGCGAGAAAGACCUUAUUAAUAUAACUACAUCAGUGCCAUGGAAUGCACCGGAACACCAUGGUCGGGCUUUCUAUCCGCAAGACGCCAAAGCAAUGGAUGUGUACUCGUUUGGUAUGCUCUGUCUAUGGCUACUCUUCGAUGUAGAAGCUUCUGAGACCACGCCAUAUCAUUUAGAGACAGUAAAUGUGGCCGAAAGCUUCUCCUUUGAAGGACAGGAUUGGUCUAAGAAAGGAGAUGCAUUGCUCUUGUGGAAAGAGAGUGACAGACUAUUAGACUGGGCCACCCAGUUGGCGGCAGGAGAUAGGCGACUCAAGGCUGAGGCAAAAGACAGGGUGACUCAGUUUUUUCAAUCAAGCCUUUGUGUGGACCCUCAGAAGCGAAUCACCGAUUGGCGCUGUAUUCUAAGUUUUCUAGAUCCAGCUCGGUAA